AUGCAGAAGCUCGUAAAGCGAACCGCCCAGGCCCAGCGCCAGGCGACCCGUCGAGCACGGCAGCAAAUGGAGCAGGACAACAUUGACAACCGAAUGCGAAAUCGCCAAGCCCUAAGAAGCGCUGUCUACGAAAUCAGGCAAAACUUGAAGGAUGCCCGACAGGCAAGAAGAGAGGACUGGGAGAUGGGACCCUUGGCGCCGAAGCGAGACUUGGGAUUCAACAACUACGGAGCGUUCAAGGAGACGGUGCGACAGGACUGGACCAACUAUGGUUUGCAUCAGGCACGGCCCCAGAUUAUCGAGCAUCGAUGUGCGUGGGCUGGUGGUGUUCGGCAACUCAAUCUUGCUCCCCAAGACCGAGUGGUCAUCAUGGAUGGUCCUGACAAAGGCAAGAUUGAUCGUAUCAAGGAUGUCCAGGCGGAGAAUGGAACUGUUACUCUGGAGAACCGUCACAGGGCACUAUCCGUCGGCAUGUUUGACAAUCCGGCUCGAUCGCAGGCCAUGCCCAUAUCCGUCGGCUCAAUCCGACUCGUGUAUCCUCUCAGGAACCCGGAAACCGGCGUCACAAAGGACGUCAUCAUCAGCCAGCUCAAGGCCGUGCCUCCCAACAUGCAGUCCUCAAACAUGUCACUCGACCGGUGGCAAUACGGCAAGAAGUGGGAUCGUCUCGUUGCUGGGCUCAACGUGGUUAUCCCCUGGCCAGAGGUCCAAGUGCCAGAGUUCGAAGCCACCAAGGCCGACACUGUUCGCGAACAGGCCGAGGAGAGGACAUUCUACUACGGCCUCCUGUCACCCCCCAUGCCAGACCAAGUCCUCGACGAGCUGCGCAACAAGUACUCGAGAUUCAGAACCCGCCACGAGCCAUGGUAUAUUCAACAGAAAGAGAUGGAAGAGGCAGGCAAGAAGGGCCGCCUCGAGGCUAUCGAGUCCAUGCAGACGCCCCUGGAGGAGUUUCACGAGAGACAGAGAGAGCUACGCGAUACCCAGGGCGAGCCGGAGCUUUCAGAAGAGAUGCUCGAGAAGAUCGGGGAGUACAUGGCGAAGAAGAAGGAUGCGGCUUUGCAUCAGGCGGGCGUGUCGGAGGUUUCAUCACCACAGGCACCGGUGAAUUAG